CUCCCGCUACUGCGCGAGGCUGCUGUCCCGCUGUCCAACCGCCGAGUGUCUGUGCAGACAUGUCACGUCCUUUACGAACAAUUCCAAAGGAAUUACCCACAAGUCAUUGCAAUAUAACGUUAAAAACGGGACAACCGGCGAAAGCAUCCGAGUUGGAACGGGACGUGUCCCCUCAAGGUCCAUCAGCAGCAUCCACGAGCGCGCGCUCAGCCGCAGCGGGUUCCCGGCGACGCGACGCCGUCGUCUCUCACGUCGGGGGAGAACCGACGUCUUCUUCGCAUUAAAGAGAUGGACGAAGAGCCGCGUAGUCUGCUGACACUCGUGAGGAAACUCAGAGAGGUGUUCGACGCGUGUGACUCGGACUCGGACGGGUUCGUCCGCGUUGCGCACUUUGCGCAGUUGGGCGCUCAGUUUGGACGAGUGGAACAGGCCGAGAGGUUGGCCGGAUGCCUGCAGCCCGACUCUGACGGGAGGAUCGACUUCAAAGACUUCUGCCGCGGUGUUUUCACCAUGAAAGGUUAUGUUGGAGGCUCAAAAAAGAAAAGUGCUGCGCAGUGCAUCCUCGGCCCUUACGAGAAGGCUAAGAGCUGCUAUUGGGUACGAUUUUAAAGUGUGUGCGUGUGUACUUUGGUCCACUUGAACGGAAAUUUAUGAUGAUUUAUAAUUAUCCAAACCAUCCAAAACGAAUACAUUAAUCUGCGUCAAUGCUGCAUUAACAUCUUAGUGAAUAUCAGCACUGCAGCACAGUAGCAGCAGGAGUACAUUUAGUAAUUAUGGAUCUUAUAGAAAUAACAUCGCUGUCAGUUUCAUUGUGACUGGCGGUUGUAGAGGAAUCCCAGUAUACUGUCUGGGGGUUAGCAUUUACAUAUGGAUAUAUGUAAAACAAAUAUUGUUAUUGCUAAAAUAUUGAUAAAA